CCUUGUGAGUGACGUCACAUGUCCGCGCCGGAAGUGACUGUCAGCUGCUGGAAGUGCACGCUGGUUAGGGAACUGCAGAAAUGUGUGAAGUGGGGAGCAAUGAUUAUGUGGAGCUGAGGAAAGAGGAGAAAAGUGACAGGUUGGGGCGGACAUGUAUGAAGUGCAGGGAAGGUUCUGCGGUGCUCAUCAUACGUGUGGGAGAUGCCUUCUGCAAAUCCUGCUUCAAAGACUAUUUUGUACACAAGUUCCGAGCCAUAUUGGGGAAGAACAGAGUUGUGUAUCCGGGGGAGAAGGUUCUUCUGGCUUAUUCUGGUGGGCCUUCCUCAAGUGCCAUGAUCCAUCAAGUUCAAGAGGGUUUGGGCCGUGAUGCUCCUAAAAAGUUACGUUUCAUACCCAGCAUCUUGUUUAUUGAUGAAGGUGCAGUGUGUGGUCAGAGUUGGGAGCAGAGGGAACAGAAUGUCUCUGAAAUUUGCAGAGUUUUGCAGAAAACCAAUUUUCCUUUUCACAUUGUGCCCUUGGAGCAGGUUUUCACUCUACCACGAUCUGUUCUACAGUCAGCUCUUCCAGGGAACUCUGAACAUGCAUUGAAUUACAAGCAGGCAGUGAACAGCUUUCUGGAACAGCAGAGGGCACAUCAACAGGAUGAGCUAUCAGUUACUGCUUAUGAGCUGGCACAGCUUUGUGUUACUGACACUUUGGCUAAUGGCAGCAAAUACAGCUGUCCUCCUGCAGAGCUCACCACUGCACUGAUGGAGAUAUUCAACUCAGCCAGGACUCUCACUGCCAAACUGGAGCUACUGCAGUGUCUCCGGCGUCACCUUAUCCUACAUGUUGUGCGUAUGUUUGGAUAUUCCAAGGUUAUGAGCGGUGAAAGCUGCACGCGUCUCGCGGUUCGUCUGCUUGCAAACAUAUCAUUAGGACGUGGGGCAUUUCUACCAUUGGAUACGGGUUUCUCUGAUGAUCGCUAUGGAGAUGUUGUUAUUGUCCGCCCCAUGCGGGAAUAUUCACUGAAAGAAAUUUCCUUCUAUAACCGGCUUUUCCAUGUAGAGUCAGUUUUCAUACCCACAAUGGAAACUAAGGCUCCUGAAAACAGCAGCAUUCAGCACCUCUCUGAGGCUUUCAUUACCAAGCUGCAGGCAGACUUUCCAUCCACAGUCAGCACCAUGUACAGGACCAGUGAGAAACUAAAUAUUUCAAGGGCAGAAAGUGCAGAAGAGAACAUCCAGCAAGAAAAAUGUCUUCUCUGCAUGUGCAAUCUGGACACACAUGUUGGUGAAGCCUCUGCCUUUUGUGCUACACAAGUAUCUCAGAAUCUAUCUCAGAGGCUAAAGAACAAUGUAGAAGCCACAAGAGACCCCGUGGAGCAAUGUUGCAAUAGUGGACAGUGUUCUGAAAGAUCAUCUUCUUGUUCUACCAGUGUUCCCAGGACACAAGACCUCAUUCCUUUGUUAUGCUACAGCUGCAGAGUGACUGUCAAGGAUAUGACUUCUGUGAGUACCUUCCCUCCAUACAUCCUGAAUGAAGCUGGGCACAGGAGCCGCAGGUUGGAGAUAAGAAGAGAGAUCCAGGAAUUUCUUCUGGAUGAUGGUUGUGGGGAUAUGUGACAGGAUCUUACACAUUCUGGAGGCCCCAGCAAAGCCCAGAAGAACACUUUCAUACUUUUAACAUCCUUUAUUUUUAAC